UUUCGUUUAUGGUUUGAGAAAAUUUUAAGUUUUUGAAAGUUGAUUGAUUUGUAGAAUUCCCAUUGUUAAGAACAUGGAAAUGAACAAUGGGUUGGUCUUAUAUAUUCUUUUUAGUUGAAUUAAUCAUCAUAUGCCUUUCUAUUAUGAAGCUUUCUGGGUGUCUUUUCUUUGAAUUUCAAGAGAAUUCUCUGCAAUGAAAUUAUGAAAAUAAUUCAUUCUUGAAAGAAAUUAUAGAUAUAAAUUUAGAUAAAAGUAGUGGUUUCUUUGUAACCAAUUAUGAUCCUAAUAUUUUGUUGCAACAUAUAUUCUUUGAGGACCCUGGCAUUAAUAAGCUUAGUUGAAAAGCUUUGAAUCUUGCCCAACAGUAUACUAAAUCAUCAGUUCUUAAGCAACAUUUGGUAAUUUCUAUUGUAGUUGCUAAAUGCUGUGCUUGCUAUUGGUGUUAAAACUGGUUCGUCAUUUAUCAAACAAAAUAAAAUGGAAAGAAACUGCGUUUAGUACUCUCAAAUGAUUUGUAAUUUGCAGUUGUCUAUGCUUAAGAGUUUAUUUAGUAUUUUGGUGCUUAUGUUUUAUUUCCCCUACAAAUUGUUCAGGACAUCGUGACAGAUAAAACGAUAGACGCCGAGCAUGAACUCGGAGAUCGAAAGGAGGACCGAUCUAAACAGGAUGGCACAGCUCCUCUGGUUGCUUCUGAAGAGUUUACGAAUUUGGAGGUGACCUAUGGGCCUAGUGACAAGCGUGAUGCACUUUCUAUAGAGAAUGAAAGCACUGGUUUAGAAACUUGUAAAACCGAUGAAGAUCGUAAUGAGACAAGUAAUCCAGAAGAAAAAACCUUGAAGAAAUUGAACAAAGUUCUUCCAUGCCCUCGAUGCAACAGCAUGGAUACCAAGUUUUGUUACUACAACAAUUACAAUGUGAGUCAACCGCGACACUUUUGUAAGAACUGCCAAAGAUACUGGACUGCUGGAGGGACGAUGAGGAAUGUACCGGUGGGCGCUGGACGUCGAAGGAGCAAGAACUCAUCCUCUCACUAUCGUCACGUGAUUGUCUCUGAGCCCCUGCGGAAUGCAUGUGAUGAUGAAACAAUGUGCAAUACCACACAAAACAGGUUUCAUAAGCCUGAGGAGUUAAAUAUUCAUGUUUCUUAUAGAGGUGGAAAAAAUGGGGUUGAGCAUUUGAAUGGAUCAUCGAUUGCAACUUCAAAUGAUGAGGUCUACAAAGCUGGGUCACAAGAUCAAAUGAUGCAGAAUUGUCGAAGUUUUCCACCUCAUAUGCCAUGCUUUCCCGGGUUCUUUUUGCCUUACUCAUGGAAUUCAGCUCGGUGGAGCUCACCUCUACCUCCACCGACUUUCUGCCCUCCGAGCUUUUCGAUGCCUUUCUAUCCCACAGCUCCAUACUGGGGUUGUGCUCUACCAACCUCAUGGAAUGUCCCUUGGCUUCCUCAACCUUCCUCUGAAAUGCAAACGGCCCCAAGUUCUGGUUCGAAUUCUCCAUCAUUGGGUAAGCAUUCAAGAGACGAGGACAUGGGGAAACCAUGCAGCAUCGGAGAAGAUGAACCGGUGAAUGAAAACAAUGCUGAGAGGUGCCUUUGGAUUUCGAAAACAUUGAGGAUCGAUGAUCCAGGGGAAGCAUCAAGGAGUUCUAUAUGGGUCACAUCGAGUUCAAAGAAUGAUAAAUUGGAUUCAAUAGGCGAUGAAAGACUGUUUAAAGGAUUUCAAUCAAAGGGUGAUAAAAGGAACCAGGUUCUUGAAACAUCUCCAAUCUUGCAAGCAAGUCCAGCAGCAUCUUCUAGGUCAAUAAACUUCCAAGAGAGCUCAUAAUCUUUUUGAAGCAAGCUAACUGAAGAGAACAAAUCAAGUCUUACUGUUUUUGAAGGCAUAGUGUUUAGCUGAAGUAGAAACCAUGCACACACACACACACACACGCAUAUGUAUCAAUGUAUAUAUUUGUUUUCGUUUAGAUGGUUUGCAAGUUUUGUGAAAUACAUAUGAAAUGGUGAGAGGUAGGAUAAGGUAAAUGUUUGUACCAUAAUCUAAGUUUGUAUUUCAAAUGAAAUAGUGAUCUAAAUUUCAACA